AUGUAUUCUUUCUCGUCCUCUGUUUCCGCAAUCCCAUUAUAUAACAAAAAUGGCUGUUCUUCCUCCAUCACUACGUUCAAGAAGCUAUCCUUUACUACUUGCUGCAGCUACAAAUUGAAGAAAUUAUCAAUAUCAAUAAAUAAUCCAUGCUAUAAUAACAACAAUAUUAACAUCAUGUCGAAAUGUUUAAAGUCUAUUGCUACGUUCCCACUCCUCAUACACACCUUAUUAUGCUUUCUCUUGUUCCCUCAACCCCUUCUAUCUCAUGAUAUUAGUGGUUUCGUUCGCCUCCCUGCUCGUCCAACCAUCAUCACUCCUCAUCAAUUAUCUGAGUCCGAACCUCAGCAGGUGCACAUUUCGUUGGUGGGAAGAGACAAGAUGAGGGUGUCAUGGAUUACAGAAGGAAAACACACAAAAUCUGUGGUAGAGUACGGAACAAAGUCAGGAGAAUAUUCCAAAAAAGCUACCGGAAAACAUACUUCGUACCAGUAUUUUUUCUAUAACUCCGGCAGGAUCCACAACGCCGUGAUAGGGCCACUUGAGCCCAGCACCACUUACUUCUACCGCUGUGGAGGCUCCGGACCCGAGUUCUCAUUCAAGACUCCACCGCCCAAGUUGCCCAUCGAAUUCGUCAUCGUAGGGGACUUGGGACAAACGGAAUGGACAGCAUCGACGUUAAAACACGUGGAUAGUAGCGACUACGACGUGUUCCUAUUACCAGGUGACUUAUCGUACGCCGAUACACAGCAACCUCUAUGGGACUCCUUCGGCCGUUUGGUGCAACCAUACGCCAGCAAAAGGCCAUGGAUGGUUACUGAAGGAAACCACGAGAUGGAGAUUUUCACCAUCAUCUACCCUCACGGCUUCAAAGCUUACAACGCAAGGUGGGCGAUGCCGUUUCAAGAAAGCGGAUCAACUUCAAAUCUAUACUACUCUUUCGAGGUUGCUUCCACCCACGUCAUCAUGCUCGGUUCCUACACGGACUUCGACGCCCAAUCAGAGCAGUACACGUGGCUUCAGAACGAUUUGGCUAACAUCGAUAGGAGCAAGACGCCUUGGGUGAUUGUGUUGUUGCAUGCGCCUUGGUAUAAUACUAAUGAGGCACACCAAGGUGAAGGUGAGAGUAUGAGGAAAGUUAUGGAGGAUUUGCUCUAUCAAGCACGGGUUGACUUGGUUUUUGCUGGACAUGUUCAUGCCUAUGAACGAUUUACUCGAAUUUAUGACAACAAAGCUGAUUCCUGUGGUCCAAUAUAUGUGACAGUUGGUGAUGGAGGAAAUCGUGAAGGCCUUGCAUUGAAUUUUAAAAGCCCUCCAAGUCCACUGUCGUUGUACCGGGAGUCAAGCUUUGGCCAUGGAAGGUUGAAAAUAGUAGACGAAACACGUGCAUACUGGUCAUGGCACCGCAACAAUGACACUGAUGCAGUAAUAGCUGAUGGUGUUUGGAUAGAGAGCUUAAGCAGAUCAAAAGCAUGUUCAGGUAGACCAGACCAAAAGGUUGUUCAUGAAGAACUGUAGAUUAUAUAGUGCAACUCGAAUGAUGUAUUGUUCCUUUCUGCUAACAAAGGGAAGAUUGGUGAUUUGCUUGCAAUAACUUUAAGUUAUCUACUUAAUUAGCUGCUCAGUUGAUAGGAUGUGGAAAGUGAAAAAUGUACGCAGUAAAUUAGCCGCUGGUAGAUUUAUAACUUAUUAUUUCUUUCAAUUUUCUUACAUUACAUGAUGUAUGUAUAAUCAAGUAAUGAUACUCAAAUAAACAAAUUAAUAAGUAUAAAGA